GUGCUUCAAACCUUUGGGAGGGGGACAACGGUCGACCCUCUCUCACCCGCUUUGCAUUCAAAUCUACACCAGGGAGAGGGAGGGAGAUGAAACUUUCCGUCUUCUCUUCCUUUUCGUACCACUACUGUACCUAAAACGCCAGAGAGACAGAGAGAGCAGCAGCAACAGCCAUCACCCACCAUGCCGAGGAAAAAUUCCAGAACCGGAGAAGGUGCCAGUUCCAGUCACCCGCCCAACGAGGACGGCGAGGACGCUACCUACCUCGCCGGUUUUGUGACUGCCAACAUAGUCGGCCUCCAGUACUACUCCGGCCGCAUCUCCGGUCGGGAGAUGGUGUGCCUCGUGCGGGAGCCGUCCAACCCCUACGACCAUAACGCCAUCAAAGUACUGAAUACUCGCUCUCAGCAGGUUGGGCAUAUUGAGCGCUCCGUCGCCGCGGUCCUCUCGCCGCUCAUCGACGCCACGCUGAUCUCCAUUGUCGGAAUCGUGCCCCAAAACCCUAAUCCUAGAAACUCAAAAAACCCCAAGUGGAAGAGCCCCUUUAGGGUCCCGUGCCAGGUACACAUCUUCACCCUGCCGGAGUCCGUUAACGAUGCUCUCUCCUGCCUCGCGGAGGGAGGCCUCAGCGUCGUCUCCCACGCUGACCCUGCGUUUUCUCUCUCUGAAUCUGCCAGCGUCCGGGAGAAAAACCCUAAAGAGGGGGUUGGGACCAACGACGAUAUUUUCGCUUCCGUUGGAGCGGCGGAGAGGAAGGAAAGGCUUUUGGAGCCAUCGGAGGCGAUCGUAUCUCCUCUCUUCCUGCACCAGAAGUUAGGCUUAGGGUGGCUAGUUCACAGGGAGAACUCGUUGGAAUUACCACCUUUCUGGGAGGAGAUUGAUGGUGGUAAGGGAAAAGGGGUGGUUUUCAGAAACGUGUUGACAUGUUACCGAACCGAUGAGAGGCCAGAACCACUUCGAGGAGGGAUUCUUGCUGAUGAUAUGGGAUUGGGAAAGACACUGAUGUUGAUCUCGUUGAUCGCCACGAACAGACCUGGGGCAGCAGUUUGCCCGAGCUUGGUUGAUUUCAAUGAUCUAGAGCCUGAGCUAAAUGAGACGAAGGAUGUGGCUGGUGAACAAAGUGGAAAAGUGAUCAAGAAAAGUGCUACUUUGGGAAGGAAACGGAAAUCUCGAAGCGGGAUUGAUAGGGGGGAUGGUGGGGAUUUGGAGCGGAAGAGUAAGAAAAGCACCGCUUCGAGAAGGAAGAGAAAAUUGGACGAUCAAGUUCCCGGAGCGCGAGGCCAUGAUUUAAAUAAGCAAGUUGGUGCACCGAAAUUUCCACUGACUGUGUAUGAGUCACCGAGCAUUGUUGGACCAAAGAGCACUCUGGUGGUAUGUCCUCAAACAGUUAUUUCUUCGUGGAUAACACAGUUAGAAGAGCAUACUAGGCCUGGCAGUUUGAAGGUUUAUUUGUAUCAUGGAAUAAGAACUAAGGCAGCUGAAGAACUGAGGAAAUUCGACGUCGUGUUCACGUCUUAUAGUAUUUUGGCUACAGAGUUUGAUGAUCCAAGCUCCCCUAUAAAACAGAUGGAGUGGCUGCGUGUAAUUUUGGACGAGGCACAUCUCGUAAAGAAUGUGAAUGCGAAGCAAACGAAGGCAGUGAUUGCUUUGAAUUCUAAGAGAAGAUGGGCAGUCACAGGUACACCGAUCCAGAAUAGUUCUUUUGAUUUGUUUGCGUUCAUGGCGUUUCUAAGGUUUCAGCCCUUUUCAAUCAAGAGCUACUGGAAAAGCCUUAUACAAAACUCGCUGGUUCAGGGGAACAAGAGUGGUCUCAUGCGCCUGCAGGCCUUGAUGGGAACUAUUACUUUGCGGAGGACAAAGAACUUGAUUAGUUUGCCACCUAAAAUGGUGGAAAUUUCUUUUGUGGACCUUUCCAUGGAUGAACGUGAAUUGUAUGACAAGAUGGAGCUAGACGCAAAAACAAUAGUCCAGGAAUAUAUACAUCUCAAUAGCGUGUUACGCAACUAUUCAACUGUUCUUCUUAUUCUUCUACGAUUACGCCAAAUAUGUGAUGAUGUCGCUUUAUGCCCUGGUGACAUUGGAAGCUUGUUUCCAUCUAAGAACCUUGAAGAUGUGUCCAACAACCCUCAGCUGCUGGAGAAAAUGCUGGCCACCCUUCAGGAUGGAGAUGACUUCGACUGUCCAGUAUGCCUAUCUCCACCAACACAGGUGAUCAUCACAUGCUGCUCCCAUAUCUUCUGUCGAGCCUGCAUCUCUCGAGUCCUCCAAAACCUGAACCCUCGCUGCCCUAUGUGCCGCCAAACUCUUUCUGAGUCAGAUCUCUACUCGGCCCCACCACGUCUUAAUGAGGGGAAGUCAUCGUUUCCUUCUUCUUGUACUAGUGCUAAAGCUGGUGCACUGCUGCAGCAUCUGAUUGCGUUGAGGGGUGAAGACCCUUCAAUCAAAUCAGUGGUCUUCUCACAAUUCCAAAAAAUGCUGGUUUUGCUAGAAGAGCCUCUCAGGAAAGCUGGUUUUGUCACCGUGCGGCUUGAUGGUUCAAUGAGUGCUAAGAAGAAAGCAGCAGCAAUUGCAAGAUUUUCUGAAACUGCGCCUGGAGCUCCGACAGUGAUGCUUGCAAGCUUGAAAGUGGCUGGUGCAGGGAUAAACUUGACGGCAGCUUCUAGGGUCUAUCUGGUGGAGCCAUGGUGGAACCCAGCAGUUGAAGAGCAGGCGAUGGACAGGGUCCAUAGAAUAGGACAGAAGCAAGAGGUCAGGGUGGUGAGACUUAUAGUCAAGGGGAGCAUUGAGGAGAGAAUAUUGGAGUUGCAGGAGAAAAAAAGGAAGCUGUCAAGGGGUGCUUUUAGAAAUGCUGAUGGGAAGGAACAAGCACAAAUUUGUGUUGAUGACAUCAGAACUAUCAUGAGCCUGUAGGGAGAUGCUUUUUCAUUUCAGAAUUUUCUCGUCUGAUAGCUGCAACUGCUUGUUGAUCAUCUGAUGAACAUGGGUGUUCCAUUGGUGGAAUCUAGGGCAUAACGACGAAUGAAGUAGCUGGGCUCGGGAAUCUGUUCAUUUGCUCUUGAUGCCCAUAAGAAGCAUAGUAUCAAAGGUUACAGUGGUUUUAGGGCCAUAAGAAGCAUAGUUAUCAAAGGUUACGGUGGUUUUAGGGGAGACUGGUAAAGCCGAUAGCUGUCCAUGACUCCAUUCUGCAACUAUGUUGGGAGACUCAUAAAGCGGACAGCCGUCUGUUCUGCAACAAUUUUGCUUUUUAAGUGCUAUAUGGAGAUAUGCAGCAUUCUUCAGAUACCGCAUUGUUUGCUUUGGCGGCUCAAAUUUUGUGCAGUUGGCGUCGUAGAUCUUAGACAAGUGCUGCUCAGCUUUUUACAGUUUUUGACAAAAUUUUGUGUUGUACAGGCGAUUAGUCAGUUGUCAUCAUUACUCUCUCUCUCUCUCUCU